AUGAAACCUUAUAUAGGCCUACCUCUCGUGGCCGGACUUGUCUAUCGAGCUUGGUCGCGCAAAUCCCUUACCCCGCUCGGCCUAGUCGUUGCGGGAUGUUCAGCCUCCGCACAUGCUCUCCACCCAUGGUCGGCACCAGUCGCACUCCUUGCGGUAUUCUAUUUCAGCGGGACUAGGGCUACAAAGGUAAAACAUGAGAUCAAGUCGCGCUUGACGCUCUCCGCAACUGGUGCGGAAGGCGGCGAAGGUGCCCGGAAUCAUCUCCAGGUCCUGGCAAACUCCGUAGUUGCUACCGUAUUAUCGAUCGCCCAUGCAAUUGUCCUGGCCAAAACGACAAGCACCGAAUCGUGUUUCUCACUCGGCCAGAAUGCGGCUGAUAUCUUAAUGGUUGGGAUUGUAGCAAACUACGCCGCUGUCGCUGCAGACACCUUCUCCUCCGAGCUCGGUAUUCUCUCGAAAUCCAAACCCCGCCUGAUUACCUCGUUGAAUCUCCGCGAAGUACCCCCUGGUACAAAUGGAGGUGUAACUGCGACUGGUCUUGGGGCUGGCCUUUUGGGGUCGUUCAUUGUUUCCGCGACAUCUGCUGUGGUUCUUCCGUUCUGUGCCAGUGCCGGAUUGAAAGAUCGAGCUCUGUGGACCAUAGCUAUGACACUUUGGGGUACAUUGGGCAGUGUUCUUGACAGUGUUCUCGGUGGGCUUUUGCAGGCCAGUGUUGUCGAUAAGAGGACCGGGAAGGUUGUAGAGGGGAAUGGUGGCAGAAAGGUGCUCAUUCACCCUUCCACGGGCAAGCCGGUUAUUUCUGAUAGCACUGCCACUGCCACUGGUAGCAUCCAUAAGGCUGCAUUGCGUGGCAUCCAAGUGGCACAUAUCGUCGAGGAAAGUCAGGAAAGUCGUCGCCUCGAAACUGGCCAUGACUGGCUAGACAACAAUGGCGUCAAUCUCCUCAUGGCUGCGACUAUGAGUGUCGGAGCUAUGUGUAUUGCACAGUGGUUCUGGGGGUUGGAUGUGUUUGAGUUGCUGGUGUAA